AUGCUUUCUUUCGCCUUUAGAGUUUUUAAACCUUUAAUUUAUAGUGUAGUUGGACUUUUUCAACCUUCUGAUCCUGCUGUAUCUUCCUCCUAUGUGAGAUUGGCCAAUACUCUAUUCGAAUUACAUUUUAAUUAUAUUGAGAAUAAGAAACCAAUUUCCAAUUUCUUUAUAACUUGUGAGUUUGAUGGUAAAACAGUGAGAAAGCAAGUAUUACUAAAAGGUGAUGGAAAACGUGAUGGUGGUAUCUAUCAUCAUGCAGUUGAACUUCAUCCACAAAAGUUAAUGUCCAUUAAGGUGGAAACCGAAAGUGGAAGGUUGUUAUUCGAAGCUCUAGAUAUUAAUACCAACAGUUUCAAACAAGAAACUCUAACAUUAAUGGAAAUGUCUAUUCCAGACAGAAAGCAAGAACUAUUCGAUUCUAUUAAGGACAAAUUAAUUUCCAUUUCCAAAAAUGUAAUCAUUGGAUCCAUGUCCAUCACAUUUAGUGGCAAAUCAUCCCUCCUCAACAAUAUCUUCAAAACACUUGGUUCCAAACAUGUUCCAUUCCCAGUAGGAAGCACAGAACAAGCAAGAGAAGCUUACAAACUAUUUUAUGGAAGUUAUCCAAGUAAUGAUUAUUUGUCGUCGUUCACCACUGAAAUUCUCAAGAAAAAUGUGGAUGAUGUUGAGGGAAUGGAAUCUCUUUGGAUUUGGGAUUUGCCUGGAAUUUUCGAAUUUACCACUGCCGGUCAAAUGCCAACACUUUUGAGUUUGACAGAUGACUUAUUGAACAAGUUAUUUGUUACAAAGAAUGGAAUGAUGAAAUUGAAUGGUAACCAAGAGGAUAAAAAAGUCAAUCGAGAAGAAGAAGAAUUCUCACUGAAACCUCAAGCUUUAAUUGUAACUCUUCCAUUGGAGAAUAGUUUCGCCUAUAAUUCCACAAGUGAUAAUAAUAUUGCGUUAUAUUUUGGAAGAAUUUCUGGAUUUCUAUCAAAGGAGCAUAAUGUGAAAUCUGUUUAUUGUUAUACCAAGAUAGACGAAACUUAUAUUUACCAGAAUUACAUUUCAAAGAAUGUGGGAAUUACUAGCAUGUUGGACGAAACUGAUCCUACACCAGAUCAAAUGAAACUCAAUUUACUCAAACAAUUCCAUGAAUGGGAUAUUUUAGAAAGAAAGGAUAAUAAUUUUCCAGAUAUGGUUAACAGUGAUCAUACAAUUCCUUUUUUAUCAAUCAAUUCCCCAACUAAGGAAAUUGACAACUUUUUCCAAGUUCAAUAUUUGGAAGUGUUAAAUCUGGCAUUGGAUAAAUGUUUCCAGAAGAAAUCAUCCCUCUCAUGUGAAUCCAUUUGCAUUGUUAAAAAAUAA